AUGCCGCGGAAAGCCCAUGGCCGAUCGUUAUACACGAGCAAGCCAGCUAAGCCACUCAAACGGAAAACCACGAAUCGAAGGCUAAAUGCCCUCGAAAUCGCAGAGGAAGAAAACCUAGAUCGAGUCAAAGUCCCACAGCAUCGUUUGGGAGAGGUCGAUGUCGAUUCAGAAGAGCCUAGAACGGGGGCAGGCUUUGAUGGUCGGUCCUCAAAGAGGAGGAAGAUCAACACAACACAUCAAGCCGAUUCUGCAGAUGAAGGUUCAGACCUCGAUGGAAGCCGCUGGCACGUUGGUGUAGACGACGAGGAUGAGGACAGCGACAUUGAUAGCGACGGCGCUUUUGGACAGAGUGACGAAGAGAAAUUUUCAGACUUUACAUUCCGAGGCAGCACCAGCACAGUGGCGAAGCCGAAGAACGCUUUAGUCGCACGAAAAGCUGACUUGAAUGAAGACGCUCAAGGGGACGACCAGAGUUCCGAUGUUCAAGAUGAUGAGAGUGACGGUGACCUAGGGGAUGAAGCUGUCGAUCUCGCUACUGCUUGGGAUAUGGAUGACCAGCAAGAGGCAGAAGCAGGAAAAACGCAGAAGCGAAAGCACAACAAUGGACGAGACCAGGGCUUCGAGAGCAAUGAAGAUGACUCUGAGGAAGAGAUAUCUGAAGAUGAUCAGUCUGAUCAGUUAUCGGUGUCUGAGGACGAAGGCGAUCACUCCAGACUGCAAAAUUUUGUGGAGGGAUUAACUGCAAAAUCUGCAGAACCAGCUGGUAGAAGUCGUCACACUACUAAGAGCUUGCCCGAUAAACCAUCACAAUACGGUCUCAGUGCAUCUAAACUCUCUGCUGCAGAUCUUCUACAGUACAUCAAAGAUCCCCGGCAAAGACAGUCUCUAAAAGCAUUGCAAAACAACGACGUGAAAGGACAUGAAACCUACAAGAGCGGGAUACCUGGAAAAGUAGCCCCUCCAUUGGCCAAGAGACAACAAGAUCGACUUGACAGAUCAGCUGCCUAUGAUGAGUCAAAGAAGGAGUUGAGUAAAUGGAUUGAAACAGUGAAGGAAAACCGGCGAGCGGAACAUUUAUCCUUUCCAUUAGAGGACCCUGCUGCAGCAGGUGUGCUGAACAAAAUGCAGCUUUCAGCAACGUCUCAAUCAAAACCAAUGAACUUUCUAGAGUCAAGUAUACAAGCUAUCAUGCUUGAGAGUGGUCUCUCUUCGAAACCCGGUGCCACGGUAGAAGACCAAGUUCAAGCUUACGAAGAAUUGGAGGAGAAGAAGAUGCCUCUCGAGGAGGUACAGGCUCGUCGUGCAGAGCUUCGUAGAACAAGGGACUUGAUGUUUCGCGAAGAGAUACGAGCACGAAGGGUCAAGAAAAUCAAAAGCAAGGCAUACCGCCGAGUUCAUCGAAGGGAGCGUGAGAAGAUGAAUUUCGAAGAGAGGGCUCAGCUGGACGCUGAGGGGUUGAUCAAUUCAGACGAGGAAAGGGACCGAAAUGAUCGUCGAAGGGCCGAAGAACGAAUGGGUGCUAGACAUCGAGAGAGCAAAUGGGCCAAAAGUCUCAAAGCUACUGGUAGAGCGGCCUGGGAUUCUGAGGCAAGGCAUGGUGUGAAUGAUCUCGCAAAGCGAGAUGAAGAACUUCGACGACGCAUUGAUGGGAAGGCAGGCAAUGAAUCGGAUGGUGAUGAGUCUGACUCAUUGGAAUCGGCCGAAUACUCUAAUACGGACGAUGAGAGGGAGAAUUUGCAAGCGAAGCUCAAUGCGCUGGAGGCAGAUGAAUCCUACAACACCCAUUCUCGGUUGAGCUCCAUGGCAUUCAUGCAGAAAGCGGAAGCUGCGAGGAAGGCAGCUAACAACGAAGAGAUCCGCAAAGCCAAGCGAGACCUACGUUUCGACGAUUCGAAAACCUUUACUGAGUUCGACAUUGAAGACGAGUUUCCAGCCGGACGUCAAAAAUUUGGCUCAAAGACUAAAAUGGACGAACUCAUGCCACAGAAGGUUGUCCAGAAGAGUGAGUUCGAGGAGCGGGCUUCUGACGAGGAACUGGCUCAGUCUGACGGUCAAGAACGCGAUGUCGUUCCGGCGCCAAAGCCCUCGAGCACUGCACAUGCUGCUCCAAAAAUGGACAAAAUACUCUCCUCCAAGACAGCAAGCCGUGCCAAACAAUCCUUGGAACGUGAGGCGUCUUCUUCAGGUAAAUUCAAGCCUGCCACAGUGCAGCGAUCCGCUUUGGUGCAACAAAAGACCAAAGGUACGCUAGAAGCUCGGCUAGAUGAUUACACGAGUUCUUCUGCAUCAGAAGCAGAGGAUGACAAGGCGGCUCUGGCGCAAGACAUAUUUGCCGGGCCUGAUGAGCUCGUGCAAGAAUUCGAGAAGGAGAAGAAUGAGAUAGUGGCUGAGGAAGGAGAUCAGAUCGUCGACAACACGCUUCCAGGAUGGGGGAGCUGGGCUGGUGAAGGUAUUAGCAAAAAGGCACAGAAGCGGGCCAAAGGCAAGGUCUUGGCCACGAUCCAAGGAGUCGCAAAAGAUAAGCGACGUGAUGCGAAAUUGGAACGUGUCAUCAUCAACGAGAAACGGGUGAAGAAAAAUGACAAAUACCGAGCGAGCGAACUCCCUCAUCCAUUUGAGUCACGACAACAAUAUGAGCGAUCGCUUCGACUGCCUCUGGGACCAGAGUGGACGACGAAGAGCACGUUCCAAGAUGCCACCAAGCCACGCGUGCUGAUGAAACAGGGCGUUAUUCGGCCCAUGGCUCGCCCACUUGUGUGA